AGGUCCCCGUCAUACAGUCCAUCGCCUGUCAAGAAAAAGAAGAAGAAAGGCUCCAAAAAACAUAAGCGACACAGGUCGUUCUCCAAGAAGAGAAGGCACAGCUCCUCCAGCCCAAAAAGCAAAAGGAGGGAUGAGAAGAGGCACAAAAAACAAUCACGAAGCCGGCCCCGAAAAUCUCACCGUCACCGUCAUCACCAUUAUCCCUCCCGGUCCCAGAGCUCCGAGUCCCGCUCCUCAAGCUGUGAGAGCAGGCACCGCGGCAGGUCCCCCGAGGAAGGGCGGAAGUCCCGCCGAAGGCACUCCCGCCGCUGCUCCAGGACCCUCGGCAAGGCCAGCCCCGAGGCCCGCUCCAGCCACCCGCCCAGCCAGCCCCUCCGGAUGCUCAGCCUCCUGUCGGCCAGGGGUGUAAUCACUGGGUCGGGGUCUGCAGCUGACCUCUUUACCAAAACAGCCAGCCCGCUCACCACCUCCCGAGGACGCUCCCAGGAGUAUGACUCAGGCAAUGACACCUCUUCACCACCCUCCACGCAAAUCAGCUCAGCCAGGUCACGGGGUCAAGAGAAGGGGAGCCCCAGUGAGGGCCUCACCAAGAGCCGAGAGCUCAACUGUGGCAACACCUCCGAUUCAGGGAACUCCUUCACCACCUCCUCACCCCAGAACAAGGGAGCCACUUUGGAGAAUCUCUCCCCCACCAGCAGGGGCAGAGAGUCAAGAGGAUUUCGGUCGCCAUGUCUGGAAUGUGCAGAAGUGAAGAAGUCCAGUUUGGUCCCAUCCACAGCCCGGAGCUCCCCCAUGAGAGGGUGCUCCCGCAGCCCCUCCUAUGCCAGCACCCGUUCUUCCAGCCACUCCUCCCGAUCCCCAAACCCCAGGGCCUCCCCCAGGUACACCCGAAGCCGAUCCACCUCCUCUGGAAAAAGGUCCUACUCGCGCUCUUCCAGCUAUUCCUCCAAGUCCGGCAAGAGGAGCCCACCCAGCAGAAGCUCCCGAUCGCGCCGCAGCCCCAGCUACUCCCGUUACAGCCCCAACAGGGAGCGGGACCCCAAGUACAAUGAGAAGGACUCCCAGCAGCGGGAGCGCGAGCGAGCGCGUCGGAGACGGCGGUCCUACUCGCCCAUGCGGAAGCGCCGGAGAGACUCCCCGAGCCACCUGGAGGCGCGGAGGAUAACCAGUGCCCGGAAACGCCCCAUCCCCUACUACCGGCCCAGCCCCUCCUCAUCCGGCAGCCUCAGCAGCGCCUCCUCCUGGUACAGCAGCAGCAGCCGCUCGGCCAGCCGCAGCUCUUCCCGCAGCCGCAGCUAUUCCCGCAGCCGCAGCCGCAGCCGCAGCCGCAGCCACAGCCGCAGCCGCAGCCGGACCCGCGGCCCCUGA